UUCGCACUUCAGGAGGACCCACGUGAAGCUCUCAAUGUAAACAAACUCGCACCUCUUACAUGUUGCUUCACUAAUUACCCAUCAAAAUGAGGUCAUUCAUCCCAAAUUUUGAGGAACCCCCAGAAUCUGACGACUCAGGGGACGAGGUCCCUGUAGGGGGAGUGUUCCAGAUGGUUGCUCUGGAUAUUGACGCUGACGACCCCACCGAAGACGACGACACAGACCAUCAAGACAACAACAUGGCCGGUGUACAUACAGAUGGUGAUGACUCUCACAACCCCCGUGAUGAUGACGCUAAUGAUAAUGAGGAGGGUGACAACAUGAGUGAGAUUGACAGUUCUUCAUGUUCAGACAGUUCGGACACUUCUGACAGUUCCGAGACAGAAGCAACGAUCGAGGAUAUAUUCGGAGUUAAACCAUCGUUGGAGGCACAGCGCAACCAUCCGCCGGACCUGGAAACAGACUCUGGCAUUGUGGACGUUUGCUUUCACCCGAACAUCGAACUGCUCUCUGUUGCAACCAUGGACGGAGAGGUUAUGAUAUAUCGAUACAGUCGGGAUAGUGUCGAAGAGGUAACGCGAUUCUCACAUCACAAGAAGCCCUGUCGAACUGUUUGUUACAAUGGAGACGGCACCCUUCUCUACACUGUUAGUAAGGACAAGUCACUGGCUGUCAUCGACACCCAAAACUCAGCAGUCAAAGAACACAUAAAAGAUGCCCACGAGUCGCCUAUAUUCAGCUUCCUUCCCAUCGAUGAAAACUUAUGUGCCACGGGCGAUGAUGACGGAACAGUCAAGAUCUGGGACUUGAGAAAGAAGAAUUCAAUCUUCGACUUCAGGUGUGGUGAACAAGCCGUGUCAUCUCUUAUUACAGAUGAGAGUAAAAAGAUUCUAGUUGCUGCAGUUAAUGAUGGAUCAAUUGCUGGAUUCAAUAUCAGGGGAAAGCAGUUGGAGACACAGUCAGAAUUCUACGGAAGUGAGAUGACGUCCCUCGCCUUGGUGCGGAAUGACACACGUUUGGUCGUGGGGUCUGGAGAGGGAACACUCUUCAUCUUCAAAUGGGGAGAAUUUGGCUUCCACAUUGACCGUUUUGCUGGUCAUCCAGACUAUAUCCACUGUAUUAUCCCCAUCACUGAUCGUAUGAUGCUGACAGGAUGUGAAGAUGGCAAUAUCAGAGCCGUGCACCUCUAUGCUCAUCGCUUCGUGGGGGUAGUUGGGCAACACAAUGACUUUGGAGUGGAGAACAUGUCAGUGUCCAGUGACGGCUCAAUCCUGGCAUCAUGUUCCAUGGAUGAAGUUGUGCGCUUUUGGAACAUCGAAUAUCUUUAUAACACCGAAGUAGAUGAUCGCAAGAAGGGUAAAAAGAAACAAAAUCGAGGGUUCAAUCUGGAGUCUUCAAAACGACGCAACAAAUUUGAAUUUUUUUCAGAUUUUCCUGAUGUUAUGGAAUCAGAUGAUGAAGGUGGCCCAGUGGCAGGACCCAGCCAUACCAUGGAAUGAAGAGGUGGUCCCCAACACCACCACUCACAUUAUUUUUUAUAUUUUAUAUCAAAUGUUUCUUGUAUUGACAAAAUUAGUGUCACUUUAUUUUAUAUUUAUAUUCUAUAUCUUUCUAAACUGACGUACAUUUUUUUUAUUUAAUAAUGUUGUAGUCAGAUUUUUCUUUUGUAUUAUGUGUGUACUGGUGCUGGGCUCAUAGUCAACCUGCAGGCAGAUAGUAUGAACACUUCCUCUGUGUUCUGUACAGUGAUAACCUGCUAGAUAAGGUUCCUCCAGCCUUUGUGAUACAGGUGAUCAUGGUUCAAAUUUCUAACAGUUAAAUGACAAAAGUAAGUUUUUGCCAUCAACAGUCUUAUUUCCCCGUUUUCUUAUUUUUUAUUUGUGUUCUAUGAUGUAAUGUGAAUACUGUCAUCAAACGUAUAAAAUGUUUAUGUACUAAUAUUGUGAAAAUAGAUGAGAAAGUAGUACAAUAUUGUAAAGAUAAUUUUACAAAGUGAGGGUUUGGUUGUCAUGGCCAGGCAUGGCAGCUCACAAUGUUAGUGACUGACUUCACACAGUUAAUGUCUGACAAGUCCUAUGACAUAAAUAAAUUUAAAAUACAUUUUGUAUUACUGUACAGUAUAAUUACAGUAUACUCCAGUAUAAUACAGUUUAUAUUCUAAUUAUCAUAAAUACAGUAAAGUUCAACAACACAAGACUUCACUUCACCAGAAAUCUAAAUAUCCAGACUCUUCCAGGACCUGUCUCUACUUUUUGGGGAAAAUCAGAUAAUUUUGAAGUACAGCACUGUAAUGUAUUCUGUUUUUGUUUAAAAUUACUGUAGUUGGCCAUCAAAUUUUUACUGAACUGUUUAUAUUCAUUGUAUUAUCUUGUACCCCAGGAACAUUACCCAGAAAAUGCAUCAUUUGAAAAUCCAAUUUAGUCUAGUUGAGUGGAGGUUGACUAUUCUGUACUAAACAAUAAUCCUUCCAUUAGCCGGGAUCUUCAAUCCCUGGAACUCUUCAAUAAGAGGAAAAAUUUCUCCAUUCUGGGCAUGGGAACGAAUUUCCAAGGAUUGCAUCAUUUGUACGACUCGGGGAUACAUGCCGGGCACAUGGUUGGUUAGGCUCAGAGUGCUCAUGAGCUACAAUUGGCCACUAUUGUCAUGUGACAGCAUGGGAUGGCUGAUACAUCUUGCAGCCCAUCUCCUCAUACUCUUGCAUCAUGACUCUCUUAGUUCAUUGUUUACUGCCAUUGUACAAGCUUGUUCACUCGCUCACUGCUGUUUUCAUAUAUGAUCUGUGUUGUGCAAUAAUGUACAUUACUGUAUCAGUAUAAUUAUAAUCAGUCAAGAAUACUGUUAAAGCAGUGUUAGGAAAUAAAAAGUGUGAUGCUAACUGUCUGCUACUAGUUGGCUGUGGUUCCUGCACCAGUCGUGCAGUUUGUGCAUUCUUCUUUUUGUUGACAUCAGAUUGUGUCAGAAGUACAGUAUGGUGUACAGUAAUUAGACAAAUUUAAGUAUCUUUUCAUUUUUAAAUACUGAAUAGUGAAUCCAGGGUAGCCAUUUUUUAUAUUAAAAUAUAAAAUUCUUCCAUCAUAGACAUAAUGAAGGUGUCUUUGGAAAGAAUUAGCAGCACUUUAUUUUUGUAAGGGUACUGUACAUUGUUCUUAGUGUUGUUGAUUUUAAUUACUUAUUCUCAACUUCUGCUAAACAUACUUGUACAUAGAUUAACAUUUAGUUAUUAUCUUUGGUCAUACAUUUAGGUCAUUUAUAUUCAGGUUCUUGUAUGGAACACAUGUAUAUACUGUACUGUUUAAGAGAUCAGUAAAUUUCUAUUAGUAUACGGUAGACUUUAAGGUCUUCAGAAACCCAGAUUUUUUGUGGAAGUUUGUGGAGUUUGUUUUAUGUAAAUGAAUUAUUAUUGUGU